AUGGCAGCUUCCUUGCUGCUGUGCAUGUUGUUGCUAUCUUUCUCCUCGGCGCAUUCGGCUCCACCCCCGGCGCCGGACUGCUCCAGCCUGGUGGCAAACAUGGUGGACUGCCUGCCGUUCGUGACGGCUGGCAGCACGGCACAGACGCCAGAGGGCACGUGCUGCUCCGGCCUGGAAACGGUUGUGGAGAGCAAUCCCCAAUGCCUCUGCGACGCCUUCAAGAACAGCGCCCAGCUCGACGUCACCCUCAACGUCUCCAAAGCCCUCACCCUCCCCGCCGCCUGCCUUCUCUCCACUCCUCCUUCCCUUUCCACCUGCGCAUCUCUUUCUCCACUAGCACCAUCUCCGAGCUCGGCUGCGGGGGCUCCAACAACGAGCAUCGGAGGUGACGAAGGCGCUCCGGCGCCCUCACUCGGUAGCUCAGUUAUUGCCUGA